UGUUUUCAGUCUGCCUGACUGCUUGCUGUGGGUUGUGAGUGGACGAGAGGAGUGUGUUUACGCCUGCAUGAGUUUAGUGACUGUUUCCCGGUAUUUAAAACAAUAUUGUGUCUUAAAGUGUUACAGUGUUCAAUCGUAGUGUUUUCAACUAAUUUGGUGUCCCCCGCCCUGGAUGUACCCCGGACUCGCCUGAACUGAGGUUGUUCACUUUUACUGACAGAGUGGCGGUGACAACAUGACGACAGACAUCUCCCUGGUCCGAUGGGACCCCUCACUCCCACAGGAGAUCGUCGACGACUAUGAGUAUGAUGGAGGCAAUUCCUCCUCCAGACUCUUUGAGAGAUCUAGGAUAAAAGCUCUUGCAGAUGAGCGAGAGAGUGUACAGAAGAAAACAUUUCAAAAAUGGGUAAAUUCACAUUUAGUAAGAGUCAACUCUCGGAUUGGCGACCUGUACGUGGACCUACGAGAUGGAAAAAUGCUCCUCAAACUGUUGGAAGUUCUCUCUGGAGAGCGCUUGCCCCGACCAACGAAGGGCAAGAUGAGAAUUCAUUGCUUAGAGAAUGUAGACAAGGCUCUUCAGUUCCUGAGAGAGCAGAGAGUACACCUGGAGAACAUGGGGUCACACGACAUUGUAGACGGCAACCCCCGCCUCAGUCUGGGUCUCAUCUGGACCAUCAUCCUGCGCUUCCAGAUCCAAGAUAUCACCAUAGAAGAAACAGAUAACCAGGAAACCAAGUCGGCGAAGGACGCCCUGUUGCUAUGGUGUCAGAUGAAGACUGCUGGAUACCACAACGUGAAUGUGCGAAACUUUACGACGUCAUGGCGUGACGGUCUCGCGUUCAAUGCAAUCAUACACAAACAUCGACCGGACCUGAUACAGUUUGAGAAGCUGAGCAAGAGCAACGCGAUGUACAAUCUGAACAAUGCUUUCACAACAGCUGAAGACAAACUGGGCCUCACCAAACUGUUGGACCCAGAAGAUGUGUUUGUGGAGCAGCCUGAUGAGAAGUCCAUCAUCACAUACGUGGUGACAUACUAUCACUACUUCAGUAAGAUGAAGCAGGAGACGGUGCAGGGCAAGCGAAUCGGCAAGGUGGUGGGUAUUGCCAUGGACAAUGACCGCAUGGUGCAGGAGUACGAGGGACUGACCAGUGAUCUGCUGCGGUGGAUAGAGGCAACAAUCAGCAGCCUGGGCGACCGUCACUUCGCCAACUCACUCACUGGUGUACAGGCUCAGCUUGCACAGUUCAACAACUACCGCACCGUCGAGAAACCUCCCAAGUUUGUGGAGAAAGGCAACUUGGAAGUGUUGUUAUUCACACUGCAGUCUAAGAUGAGAGCAAACAACCAGAAGCCGUACACACCCAAGGAGGGGAAGAUGAUUUCAGAUAUCAACAAGGCAUGGGAGCGGCUGGAGAAGGCAGAACACGAACGGGAGCUGGCGCUCAGAGAGGAGCUGAUUAGACAAGAGAAACUGGAGCAGUUGGCCGCCAGGUUCAACCGCAAGGCUAGCAUGCGAGAGACUUGGCUUAGCGAGAACCAGAGGCUUGUCUCUCAGGAUAACUUUGGGUUUGACCUGGCUGCGGUGGAAGCGGCGGCCAAGAAACAUGAAGCCAUCGAGACCGACAUCCUGGCCUACGAGGAGAGAGUACAAGCCGUGGUAACGGUUAGCCAAGAAUUGGAAGCAGAGAACUAUCAUGAUAUUGACCGCAUCAAUGCCAGGAAGGACAAUGUCCUGAGGCUUUGGAACUACUUGCUGGAGCUGCUCAGGGCCAGGAGGAUGCGACUAGAACUGUCACUCCAGCUCCAGCAGAACUUCCAGGAGAUGCUCUACAUUCUAGACUCUAUGGAGGAGCUUAAGAUGAGGCUUCUUUCAGACGAUUAUGGUAAACAUCUGAUGGGUGUACAAGACCUGCUACAGAAGCACUCUCUGGUGGAGGCCGACAUCAACGUGCUGGGCGAGAGAGUGAAGGCCGUGGUGCAACAGAGCCAGAGAUUCUUGGACCAGGAGACCACCGAAGGAUUCCGACCUUGCGAUCCUGCCAUUAUCGUCGAGAGGGUGCAGCAACUGGAGGACGCAUACUCAGAGCUAGUGAAGCUGGCAGUGGAGCGCAGGGCACGACUGGAGGAGAGCCGCAAGCUGUGGCAGUUCUACUGGGACAUGGCAGACGAGGAGAACUGGAUCAAGGAGAAGGAACAGAUUGUGUCCACUACAGAGAUCGGACACGAUCUCACCACCAUCAACUUGCUACUGUCCAAACACAAGGCUCUGGAGAACGAAAUUGGCAGCCACGAGCCACAGCUGAUGAGUGUGGUAGCUGUGGGAGACCAGCUGGUGAAGCAACAACAUUUCGGUGCCGAGAGGAUACAGGAGCGUCUACAGGACACUCUGGGCAACUGGAACCACCUGCUGGACCUGGCAGCCCUUCGCCGAAAACGACUCGAAGAGGCUGUGGACUUCCAUCAGUUCUUUGCAGACGCAGACGAUGUGGAUAUCUGGAUGUUGGACACCCUGCGCUUGGUCUCCUCAGAGGAUGUGGGCCGGGACGAGGCUAAUGUCCAGUCUCUACUUAAGAAACACAAGGAUGCAACGGAAGAGCUCAAGAACUACGCGAGCACCAUCGAGGCCCUUCACACUCAGGCUGGUCAGCUGGGAGAGCAGGACCGCACAGCACCCGAGGUGGUGGAAAGGCUCAACUCUAUCGACCACCGCUACCAGGAGUUACUGGAGCUAGCCAAGCUCCGCAAGCAGAGGCUGCUCGACGCCCUUUCACUCUACAAACUGUUCAGCGAGGCUGAUGGUGUUGAGCAAUGGAUCGGCGAGAAGGACCGCAUGCUGCAGACAAUGGUGCCAGCCAAGGAUAUUGAGGAUGUGGAGAUCAUGAAGCACCGCUACGACGGGUUCGACAAGGAGAUGAACGCUAAUGCGUCCCGUGUGGCUGUGGUCAACCAACUUGCUCGGCAGUUGCUGCAUGUUGAGCACCCCAACUGUGAGCAGAUAGUGGCUCGCCAGAACCAGUUGAACCACGAGUGGGCAGAACUGCGAGAGAAGGCAGAAGGUAAGAGAGAGGAGCUCAACUCUGCUCAUGGAGUCCAGUCAUUCCACAUCGAGUGCCGAGAGACCAUCAGCUGGAUCGAGGACAAGAAACGUAUCCUACAGUCGACAGACAGUCUGGAGAUGGAUCUUACUGGCAUCAUGACGUUGCAGAGACGACUGUCAGGUAUGGAGAGGGACCUGGCAGCUAUUCAGGCCAAGCUGGACUCCUUGGAGGCUGAAGCCGACGCAAUUGAAGCAGAACAUCCGGAGGAGGCCGCUGUCAUCCGAGAGAGGAUCACUCAGAUAACACAGAUCUGGGAACAGCUCACGCAGAUGUUGAAGGAGCGAGACUCGAAGCUGGAAGAGGCAGGUGAUCUGCACCGGUUCCUGCGAGACCUGGACCAUUUCCAGGCAUGGCUCACCAAGACACAGACAGACGUUGCAUCUGAGGACAUCCCAGGCUCACUGGCAGACGCCGAGCGGCUACUCAACCAACACCAGGCCAUCCGCGAGGAAAUCGACAACUACACAGAUGAUUACACCAAGAUGAUGGAGUAUGGCGAGAACAUCACUGCGGAGCCAAGCACACAGCAGGACCCACAGUACAUGUUCCUGAGGGAGAGACUGAAGGCCUUGCGGGAUGGCUGGCAGGAGCUGCACCAGAUGUGGGAGAACAGACAACAGCUGUUGUCGCAGUCACUAAACCUGCAGAUGUACAACAGAGACACCAGACAAGCCGAAGUGCUGCUGUCACAGCAAGAACACGUUCUCUCUAAGGACGAUGCAGUGAUGAACCUGGAGCAGGCAGAAAACCUUAUUAAACGACACGAAGCCUUCCUGACGACGAUGGAGGCUAACGACGACAAGAUCAACUCAGUUGUACAGUUUGCUGGGCGAUUGUGUGACGAAGGACACUUCGCAGCUGACAAGGUGAGCAAGAAGGCAGAGAACAUUGCGGACCGCCGCAACGCUAACCGAGAGCGAGCCCUGCAGCAGAUGGAGAAACUGAAGGAUCAGCUGCUGCUGCAUCAGUUCUUGCAGGAUUGCGAAGAGCUGGGAGAAUGGGUGCAGGAGAAGAAGUUCAUCGCACAAGAUGAGACCUACCGAAGUGCCAAGACAGUACACAGCAAAUGGACGCGUCACCAGGCCUUCGAGGCAGAGAUUGCCUCCAACAAGGACAGGCUUAUCAGAGUACAACAGGCUGGAGAGGAGCUGAUGAAGGAGAAGCCUGAGCUGGCGGAAUUGAUAGCCCCCAAGAUCAAGGAGCUGCAGCAACAGUUCCAGGACCUGGAGCACACCACCAAGGACAAGGGCGAGCGGCUGUUCGAUGCCAACCGCGAGGUACUCAUCCACCAGACCUGCGACGACAUUGACUCCUGGAUGAAUGAUUUGGAGAAACAGAUCGAGAGCGAGGACACCGGCAACGACUUGGCCUCUGUCAACAUUCUCAUGCAGAAACAGCAGAUGAUUGAGACCCAGAUGGCAGUAAAGGCCAAGCAGGUUACCGAACUGGAGACGCAGGCAGUGUACCUGGAAAAGACGGUGCCAGAGAAGAUAGAAGACAUCAAGGCCAAGAAGAUAAAGGUGGAGGAGAGAUUCCAGCAACUCAAGGCUCCUCUGUUGGCACGUCAGCAACAGCUGGAGAAGAAGAAGGAAGCAUUCCAGUUCCGACGAGAUGUGGAGGAUGAAAAGCUUUGGAUUGCUGAGAAGAUGCCUCUUGCUACGUCACAGGAGUAUGGCAACAGUUUGUUCAAUGUUCAUACGCUCAAGAAAAAGAAUCAGUCCUUAUCAACAGAGAUUGACAACCACGAGCCUCGAAUCUUGCUGGUGUGUAACAAUGGCCAGAAGUUGAUCGAGGAGGGUCAUGAGGACUCCACUCAGUUCAAGGACCUGAUAGAGGACCUCAUGGACAAGUGGCGGCAACUCAAGGACGCAGUGGACCAUCGACGCAACCAACUGCAACAAUCUGAGAAAGCCCAACAGUACCUGUUUGAUGCCAAUGAGGCAGAGAGCUGGAUGAGUGAGCAGGAGUUGUACAUGAUGGUGGAAGACAGAGGCAAGGACGAAAUCUCAGCCCAGAACCUAAUGAAGAAACACCAGAGCCUUGAGGUGGUAGUAGAAGACUACUCUGAGACCAUUCGACAGCUGGGAGAGACUGCCAGGCAGUUGACCAGUGAACACCAUCCUCAGAGUGAAUUGAUAGCUGUGAAACAGGCUCAGGUAGACAAACUGUAUGCGGGACUCAAGGAUCUGGCCGGAGAGAGAAAAGCCAAGCUGGAUGAAGCCCUCCAGCUGUUCAUGUUGAACCGUGAAGUUGACGACUUGGAACAGUGGAUAGCUGAGAGAGAACUGGUCGCCGCCUCUCACGAACUGGGCCAGGACUACGAUCAUGUCACUUUAUUAUGGGAAAGAUUCAACCAAUUCGCACAAGACACGGACGUUACGGGCAGUGAGCGUGUGGCAUCAGUCAACGGAAUCGCUGAUUCACUUAUUGCUGCUGGACACAGUGACUCGGCAACCAUCGCCGAAUGGAAGGAUGGCCUUAACGAGGCGUGGCAAGACCUCCUAGAACUUAUCGAAACUAGAAAACAGAUGCUGGUGGCCUCAAGGGAACUGCACAAGUUCUUCCAUGACUGCAAGGAUGUUUUAGGUCGUAUCUCUGAGAAACAACAUGCCAUGUCUGACGAGUUAGGGCGAGAUGCAGGCAGCGUGUCUCAGCUGCAACGAAAACAUCAGAACUUCCUACAGGACUUACAGACACUUCAGUCCCAGGUCCAACAAAUCGAAGACGAGUCAGCGAAACUGCAGGCUUCGUACGCAGGAGACAAGGCUAAGGAGAUCACCAACAGGGAGGCAGAGGUGCGCAGUGCGUGGGCUGCACUACAGGCCAUGUGCGAUGCACGUAAACAGAAGCUGGCAGACACCGGUGACCUGUUCAAAUUCUUCAACAUGGUGCGCACCCUUAUGUUGUGGAUGGACGAUGUGGCACGUCAGAUGAACACUUCCGAGAAACCAAGGGACGUGAGCGGUGUUGAGCUGCUGAUGAACAACCACCAGAGUCUGAAGGCAGAGAUAGACACCAGAGAAGACAACUUCACUGCUUGCAUCUCGUUAGGGAAAGAACUUCUCUCGAGAAAUCAUUAUGCUUCCACUGAGAUCAAAGAAAAGCUCCUGGGAUUAACAAAUCAGAGGAAUUCUUUGCUACAACGUUGGGAGGAAAGAUGGGAAAACCUUCAACUCAUCCUGGAAGUGUACCAGUUCGCUCGGGACGCCGCCGUGGCUGAGGUGUGGCUCAUCGCUCAGGAGCCGUACCUGCUUAGUCAGGAACUUGGUAUGACGAUCGAUGAAGUGGAGAACCUAAUAAAAAAACACGAGGCAUUUGAAAAGUCUGCUUCUGCACAGGAAGAAAGAUUUAUGGCCUUGGAAAGGCUAACAACAUUUGAACUGAAAGAACUGAAAAGGAGACAAGAUGAAGAGGAGAGGAAGAGACAAGAAGAACUAGCAGCUAAAACACCACCUCCCACCUCACCUCCAGAACAGCCUUCCGACAGGCCUGACGGAGAGGGUGUGGCGGAGGCUGAGGUCCAGCAGAACGGAGAGAAGGAGGCAGAGAGCCGCAAAGUGAUGCAUGGGGAGAGUCCCGCGGCGGCGGGUCCACCGCCCAGCCCCGCCCCGAGCCCCCAACCCAGCCCUGGGCCCCGCCCUACCACCAGCCAGACAAUUCCCCGCCAGAGCACAAAGGACACGGCAGGAUCAACUCUGGGACGGAAGAAAGACCGGUCACGGUCUAAGUCCCCCUUCAGGAGUUUCCGAUGGAAGAAAUCAACUCCCAAAAGUCCGACACAGACCAGUGCUAGUGAUGAUGAAGGCAAUCUGGAGCGAGCCGCAGAGAGGCCGAGUCCCGCUGCAGAGGAGAGUCAUCUAGAAGGGCUUCUGGUGCGCAAACAUGAGUGGGAGAACACAACCAAGAAAGCUUCCAACAGGUCAUGGGACAAGCUGUACACAGUGGUACGAGGCACGAAGCUGCUGUUCUACAAGGAUGCCAAGAGUGCCAAGGCUUCACCGGAGGUUUACGCCAAGGGAGAGACGCCGCUAGAUCUGCGUGGUGGAUCCUGUGAAAUUGCUGCUGACUACACCAAAAAGAAACAUGUAUUCAGAGUCAAAGCCGCCAGUGGAGCCGAGAUCCUCCUCCAGGCCAAGGACGAUGAGGAGAUGCGCCAGUGGGUGUCGAUGUUGAGUGGACUGAGUGAUGCCCAGGGCUCGGGCGGCCCCUCUCGUUCCCACACAUUGCCUGCGCCUGGCGACCGCAAGGACGAGCCGAAGAGACGCAGUUUCUUCACUCUAAAAAAGAACUAAGUGUAAAGUAGUUGGAAACGCGACACUUCAGCGACGAUCGUCUGCAUUCUUCUUUUUCUGCAAUAUUCGACAUAGAUACUGCCAAUUUUAUGUUUACACUAAAAGAUAUUUAUUCGUUAUUUAAGAGCUGUCAUUUCUUAUCAUUUUCGCUCUUUGAAUGUCAUCAAGAAUGCGUGUAUUCUGUAAAAUAUCGAAAUGAACGUUACACCUUUGUUGUUCUUUUUUUAAGUGAAGAUAGUGUUGAUGUCUCAGAUGGAAACGUGAUGUUUCCAUAGAGUUCAUCAGUGUGUGAAGGGUACCUUAGUUGUUGUGUAUAUUGUUGUGGUCCAGGGCUCCCCACUCUGUACAGAUUGUGUGCGCUUGUGGUGUCAGUGCGUUGCGUUACUCUCCAUCACACCCUCAUUUGUUGCUUUUGUAUUAAAUACUUUAGGUUAACUCAUUUAUUUAAGCUAUUAUAUAGUAUUUUAUUGAAAGAAAUUUAUAAUAUUACAAAAAAAUAUAUAUAAACCUAUAAAGAAAUCUUGUGUAUUUUUUAAAAGAACGCUAUAUACUGAUGUUUAUUUUAGAUUGUUAGAGGUAUAAAUAGUAGCUAGUCACAGUGAAAGUUGAUGCUUAUUUUUCAAAGUCUACCGUCAAGAAUGAAAGUGUAUAGCUGUAGGUAGAUUAUGUAAUGUCAGCUAUACUUGCUUGGUAUACGUUGGCAGCAAUUUUGAAUAUAUUCUGCUCCUGUCAUUUUACUUUUAAGUUUUUUCAAUUGGCUUGUCAAAAUUACAAAUAUUAUAGAACAAUUAUCAAUAUACAUGUUACUGUUUUGUCUCAAUCUUAAUUGAAAUGUUAUUUAUUUUAUUUCUUGACUAAUUGACAAAUAUUUCAGUAUGAUUAAAAGUUCUCCACUUCAAA